UCCCCUUCCGGCUGCCGGCUAGCGGGCCGGGAAUGUGAGGGGAGCGGACUGUGCGGAAGCUAAAGGGCGGGUCCCCGCGGGGUCGAACCCAGCGCCGCUCACGUCUCUCCGCCGGGGACCCCAGGCUCUCCGGGCAGCAAAGGGGGCACCUGGCAAGGUCUCCCCGACCCUGCACGCAGCCUUCAGUCUGAUGGGAGCGAGUGACCCGGCCAGGGCUUAGACCGGCCAAAGGAAAGAAGCGUGUGGAAUGAGCUUGCAGCUGCGCCUGCGCAUCCCCCGGGACCAAAGUGACGCGGGACAUAGCUGCAGUUCUCGUUCCUCGAGUGCCCUGUGACCUCCUGAGUUGAUAUGUGCCACGUGGUACACAGCCAUUCUUGCCGUGUCAGAGAGGAGAUGCUUACUCGAGGACAUUUACCUGGCCUAGAAGACACGUGCCUGAGUUUCAGGAAAUGUCUAUUACGUCUGUUUUCCUUAGCGUGAUAGUAGAUUGUUUUUCUCAAAGUGUGGCUUGAAGACCACUGCAUCCAAAUUGCCUGAGACACCCCAGAACUAGUGACUCAUAGUCACUGGGGUGCAGUGGAAAGUCUGCAGACCGCUGGACCAGAACAUCAGAACUCUAAUACUGUGUCAGCAGGGUAGUUAAUUUGGCACAAUGGGGAUACAAGGAUUGCUACAAUUUAUCAAAGAAGCUGCUGAACCCAUCCAUGUGAGGAAGUAUAAAGGGCAGGUAGUAGCUGUGGAUACCUACUGUUGGCUUCACAAAGGAGCUAUUGCUUGUGCUGAAAAACUAGCCAAAGGUGAACCUACUGAUAAGUAUGUAGGAUUUUGUAUGAAAUUUGUAAAUAUGCUGCUGUCUCAUGGCAUCAAACCUAUUCUUGUAUUUGAUGGAUGUACUUUACCUUCUAAAAAGGAAGUAGAGAGGUCUAGAAGAGAAAGGCGGCAGUCCAAUCUUCUUAAGGGAAAGCAGCUUCUUCGUGAGGGGAAAGUCUCAGAAGCCCGAGAAUGUUUUGCUCGCUGUGUCAAUAUCACACAUGCUAUGGCCCACAAAGUUAUCAAAGCAGCCCGGGCUCUGGGGGUGGACUGCCUUGUCGCUCCCUAUGAAGCUGAUGCGCAGCUGGCCUAUCUUAACAAAACUGGUAUUGUACAAGCUAUAAUCACAGAGGACUCUGAUCUCCUAGCUUUUGGCUGUAAAAAGGUAAUUUUAAAAAUGGACCAGUUUGGAAAUGGACUGGAAAUUGAUCAGACCCGGCUAGGAAUGUGCCGACAGCUUGGGGAUGUAUUCACAGAAGAGAAGUUCCGUUACAUGUGUAUUCUUUCCGGCUGUGACUAUCUCCCAUCUCUGCGUGGGAUUGGAUUAGCAAAGGCAUGCAAAGUGCUGAGACUGGCCAAUAAUCCAGAUAUUGUAAAGGUUAUCAAGAAAAUUGGGCAUUAUCUCAAGAUGAAUAUAACAGUGCCAGAAGAUUACAUCAAAGGAUUUAUUCGAGCCAACAAUACUUUUCUUUAUCAACUAGUUUUUGAUCCCAUCAAAAGGAAACUUGUCCCCCUGAAUGCCUAUGAAGAUGACAUUGAUCCUGAAACAUUAACCUACGCUGGACAGUACAUUGAUCACUCUGUAGCUCUUCAAAUAGCACUUGGAAAUAAAGAUAUAAAUACUUUUGAACAGAUUGAUGACUACAAUCCAGACACCGCUAUGCCUUCCCUAUUAAGAAGUCAUAGUUGGGAUGAAAAAACAUGCCAGAAGUCAUCUUCUGUUAAUAGCAUUUGGCGUAGGAAUUAUUGCCCUGCAUUUAAGACGGAUGUUGUUUCAGAUGUUGCACGACUGGGAGAAAAGCCAAGUACUGUGGGCAUUAAACAUGUGAUUGGUACUAAAGGGUUAAAUCUUCCAAGGAAGUCCUCCGGGGUGAAAAGACCAAGAAGUGAAGAGCUGUCAGAAGAUGACCUGUUGAAUCAGUAUUCUCUUUCAUUUACAAAGAAGACCAAGAAAAAUGGCUGUGAAAAUAAUAAGUCAUUGAACUCUUCUGAAAUGUCUGUGCCUGACCUGGGAAAUGGAACUAUUCAGACAAAAAGCUUAAACACACUACCUAGGACAAGAAAUAAAUUUGCAACAUUUUUACAGAGAAAAAAAGAAGAGAGUGGUGCAGUUGUAGUCCCAGGGACCAGAAGCAGGUUUUUCUGCAGUUCCCUGGAUUCUGCUGACUGUGUGUCGAGAAAGGCAAGCAGCCAGGCUCCAGAUGAAACAGCUGUCCAAGGAAAAGUGACUGAUCUCAGGGAUUCAGAUUGUCCAGACCUAGAAGGCAGGAAGCUGGUAGAUACAGAUGCAGCACAUAAUUCAAGUGAUCACCUUGCAGAUGAUGUGACUCUGUUUACUGGUGAAGAGCCCCAGCCUUUCAAGACCGGCAAAUUCACAAGGACCGUUUCACCACCCACUCUGGGGACACUAAGAAGUUGUUUUAGUUGGUCUGGAAGUCUUGGAGAGUUUUCAAACUCUCCGAGUACCUCUCCAAACCCAAGCACAGCAUUGCAGCAGUUCCGAAGAAAAAGUGAUUCCCCCUCCUCUCUGCCUGAAGACAGAAAGCUGUGUGAUGUGUCUCAGUCGAAGAGUGAUGAUGAGUCAGGUGAUGAAUCUCAGCCCUUACGUGAAGUGGAUUUGCCUUCACAGUCUCAGAACAGUAUAGAGCUAUCACCACACAGUUUAAAUGCAUCAGAGCUUUCUCAGCCUUCUAGUAAGGAUUCCGAUUCAGAGGAAUCUGGUUGUAAUAUUAAGUCACUUGAUAAUCAAAGUAAUCAGAACUCCAAGCAACAUUCAUUUCAUUUUUCAAAGAAAGAGACACUUCUAAGGAAUAAGGUUCCUGGUCUGUAUAAAUCUAGUUCUGUGGACUCUCUUUCGACCACCAAGAUCAAAGCUCUGGUUCCCGCCAGAGUCAGCGGGCUGAGCAAGAAGCCAGCGAGCAUCCCGAGGAAGAAUCAUCAUAAUGCCGAGAACAAGCUGGGUUUACAAAUAAAAAUCAGCGAGCUCUGGAAAAAUUUUGGGUUUAAAAAAGAUUCCGAAAAGCUUCCUUCUUGUAAAAAGCCCCUGUCUCCAGUCAGAGAUAACAUCCAGCUAACUCCAGAGGCAGAAGAGGAUAUAUUCAAUAAACCCGAGUGUGUGCGUGUUCAGAGAGCGAUUUUCCAGUAAGCACACCUGGCCGCCGGGAGGCUGUUGCCUGCAGGAAGAUCGUAUCCACUGGAACUCCUUGUGUGGAAGUGAGGCGAUUACCAGCCUGAAAGAUUGGUUCUUAGAUGACAUUUUAAAGAUAGAACACAUUUUGUAUGUUGACUGUGUAAUUGUUUCUUUUGCUCAGCUUUUUAUAUUUUCAUGAAAAGCUAAGUAGAAGAAUAAUUUUGUCUUUUGACAAUCUGUUGGAAGUUUUAAAAAGUGUUUAAUUGGCUAACUCCCUGGAGUGUAUGAAAAUCUAAACAUUUGUGUGAUGAUGUCCAGUAUGAGAUGGUAAAUGGAGCUGGACGUGGUGACGAACGCCUGUAAUCCCAGCAUUUGGGAGGCUGAGGCAAGAGGAACGCCAUGAAUUUGAGGCCAUCCUGGAUUAC